UGGAAACAUUUAGUUGUAUUAUCAAGGCCUUGACUGGAAUGUCCUAUUUGAGAGAGACCUGCAUAGACUCCAAUAUGUCCAGACAGCUUUAAGGAACUAAGGUUGAUUUUAUGGAGCCAAUGAAUGCCUGUUGGGAAAAAAUUGGCCUGGUACCUUGUUUACAGGGUUCCUGGGAGCCUUACCAGGUGCUUGUUGGGUUCCUUCUUAUUCUAGCAGCCAUAGAACUGGCCCUUGUACUCACAGAAGACUCUGGACAAGCCACGGUCCCUGCCAUUAGAUAUACCAAUCCAAGCCUUUACCUGGGCACAUGGCUCCUGGUUUUGCUGUUCCAACACAGCAGACUAUGGUGUGUGCAGAAGGACUCUUGGUUCCUGUCCCUAUUCUGGAUUCUCUCAGUACUCUGUGGUGUCUUCCAGUUUCAGACUCUGAUCCGGACACUCUUAAAGGGCAACAAUUCUAAUCUGGCUUACUCCUGCCUGUUCUUCAUCUGCUAUGCGCUGAACGUCCUGAUCCUGAUACUUUCAGCAUUUUCAGAAAAAGAUGACUCCUCAAAUAAUCCAUCAUUCACGGCUUCAUUUCUGAGUAGCAUUACCUUUAGUUGGUAUGACAGCAUUGUUCUGAAAGGCUACAAGCAACCUCUGACACUUGAAGAUGUCUGGGAUCUUGAUGAAAAUAUUAAAACGAAGACACUGGUCAGCAAGUUUGAAAAAUGUAUGGCAGGAGAGCUGCAGAAGGCCAGGAAGGCAGUCCAGAGACGACAGCGGGGGAGAGCACAGGGGAACUCCAGGGACAGGCUGCAUGGCUUGAACAAGAAUCAGAGUCAAAGCCAAGAUAUCCUUGUCCUGGAAGAUGUUAAAAAGAAAGAAAAGUCUGGCACUACAGAAAACUUUCCCAAGGCCUGGUUGGUCAAGACUCUCUUCAAAACUUUCUACGUCAUACUCUUGAAGUCCUUCCUACUGAAGCUGAUGCAUGACCUCCUCAUGUUUCUGAAUCCUCAGCUGCUGAAAUUGCUGAUCUCCUUUGCAAAUAACCGAGACACGUAUGUGUGGGUUGGAUAUCUCUAUUCGAUCCUCUUCUUUGUUGUGGCCCUCAUCCAGUCUCUCUGCCUUCAGAAUUACUUUCAACUGUGCUUCAUGCUGGGGACAAGUGUGCGGACAACCAUCAUGGCUUCCGUAUAUAAGAAGGCGCUGACCCUAUCCAACCAGACCAGAAAGCAGUACACCGUUGGAGAAACUGUGAACCUGAUGUCUGUGGAUGCCCAGAAGCUCAUGGAUGUGACCAGCUUCAUCCAUUUGCUGUGGUCAAAUAUUCUACAGAUUACUUUAUCUAUCUCCUUCCUAUGGGCAGAGCUGGGACCCUCAGUCUUAGCAGGCGUUGGGUUGAUGGUACUUCUAAUCCCAAUUAAUGGGAUACUUGCCGCCAAGAGUAGAGCUGUUCAGGUAAAAAAUAUGAAGAAUAAAGACAAACGUUUAAAGAUCAUGAAUGAAAUUCUCAGUGGGAUCAAGAUCCUGAAGUAUUUUGCCUGGGAACCUUCAUUCAAAAAGCAAGUCCGUGAACUUCGGAAGAAAGAGCUCAAGAACCUGCUGACCUUGGGUCAGAUUCAGACUAUAAUGAUAUUUCUCUUACACUUAAGUCCAAUCCUGGUGUCUGUGAUCACAUUUUCAGUUUACAUUCUGGUGAAUAGCAAUAAUGUUUUGGAUGCAGAAAAGGCCUUCACCUCCAUCACCCUCUUCAAUAUCCUGCGUUUCCCCCUGAGUAUGUUUCCCAUGGUAAUCACCUCCAUGUUACAGGCCAGCGUUUCCACAGAACGGCUAGAAAAGUACUUGGGAGGGGAUGACUUGGACACAUCCGCCAUUCGACAUGAGUACAAUUUUGACAAAGCUGUGCAGUUUUCAGAGGCCUCCUUUACCUGGGACCGGGAUCUGGAAGCCACAAUUCGAGAUGUGAACCUGGACAUUAUGCCAGGCCAAUUGGUGGCUGUGGUGGGCACUGUGGGCUCUGGGAAGUCUUCCUUGAUGUCAGCCAUGCUGGGAGAAAUGGAAAAUGUCCACGGGCACAUCACCAUCAAGGGCACUAUAGCCUAUGUCCCACAGCAAUCCUGGAUCCAGAAUGGCACCUUAAAGGACAACAUCCUUUUUGGAUCCGAGUUGGAUGAAAAGAAAUACCAGCAGGUUCUGGAGGCCUGUGCCCUCCUCCCAGACUUGGAAGUGCUGCCCGGAGGAGACCUGGCCGAGAUUGGAGAGAAGGGUAUAAAUCUCAGUGGGGGUCAGAAGCAGCGGAUUAGCCUGGCCAGAGCUACCUAUCAAAAUUCAGACAUCUAUGUUCUGGAUGACCCCCUGUCAGCCGUGGAUGCUCAUGUGGGAAAACAUAUUUUCAAUAAGGUCUUGGGUCCCAAUGGCCUAUUGAAAGGCAAGACUCGACUCUUGAUUACACAUAGCAUUCACUUUCUUCCCCAAGUGGAUGAGAUUGUGGUUCUGGGGAAUGGCACCAUCCUGGAGAAGGGAUCCUACAGCACUCUGCUGGCCAAGAAAGGAUUGUUUGCUAAGAUUCUGAAGACAUCCAAAAAACAGAUGGGUCUUGAAGGAGAGGCCACAGUCAAUGAGGACAGUGAAGAAGAUGACUGUGGGCUGAUGCCCAGUGUGGAGGAAAUCCCUGAGGAGGUGGCCUCCUUGACCAUGAGAAGAGAGAACAGCCUUCAUCGAACACUUAGUCACAGUUCUAGGUCCAGUAGCAGGCACCGGAAAUCCCUAAAAAACUCUUUGAAAACUCGGAAUGUGAAUACCCUGAAGGAGGAGGAAGAACUAGUCAAAGGACAAAAACUAAUUAAGAAGGAAUUCAUACAAACUGGAAAGGUGAAGCUGUCCGUCUACCUGAAAUACCUGCGAGCCAUAGGAUUGUGUUUGAUAUUCUUCAUCAUCAUUGCCUAUGUGAUCAAUGCUGUGGCUUAUAUUGGAUCCAACCUCUGGCUCAGCGCUUGGACCAAUGACUCUAAAACCUAUAAUGGCACUAACUAUCCAGCCUCACAGAGGGACCUGAGAGUUGGCGUCUAUGGAGCUCUGGGAUUGGUACAAGGUGUGUUUGUGCUCCUAGGAAAUCUUUGCAGUGCCCGUGCUUCCACUCAUGCAUCAAACAUCCUUCACAAGCAACUGCUAACCAAUAUCCUUCGAGCACCCAUGAGUUUUUUUGACAUAACACCCACAGGCCGGAUUGUGAACAGGUUCGCUAGUGAUAUCUCCACGGUGGAUGACACCCUCCCCUUGUCCCUGCGAAGCUGGAUACUGUGCUUCCUGGGAAUCAUCAGCACCCUUGUCAUGAUCUGCAUGGCCACUCCCAUCUUUAUCACCAUCAUCAUUCCCCUUGGCAUCAUUUACACAUUUGUGCAGAUGUUUUAUGUGGCUACUUCCCGCCAGCUGAAACGUCUGGACUCUGUCACCAGGUCCCCAAUCUACUCUCACUUCAGUGAGACUGUGUCAGGUUUGUCUGUCAUCCGUGCCUUUGAGCAUCAGCAGCGAUUUCUAAAACAUAAUGAGGUGGGGAUUGACACCAACCAGAAAUGUGUCUUCUCUUGGAUUGUCUCCAACAGGUGGCUUGCAGUCCGUCUGGAGCUGAUUGGGAACCUGAUUGUCUUCUUUGCAUCUGUGAUGAUGGUUAUUUAUAGAGAUACACUAAGUGGAGACACUGUGGGCUUUGUUCUGUCCAAUGCACUUAAUAUCACACAAACCCUGAACUGGUUAGUGAGGAUGACGUCAGAAGUAGAGACCAACAUUGUGGCUGUUGAACGAAUAAAUGAGUACAUCAAAGUGGAAAACGAGGCACCCUGGGUGACUGAUAAGAGACCUCCCCCAGGUUGGCCCAGCAAAGGGGAGAUCCAGUUUAACAACUACCAACUACGGUACCGGCCUGAGCUGGAUCUCAUACUGAAAGGGAUCACCUGUGACAUUAAGAGUAUGGAGAAGGUUGGUGUGGUCGGCAGGACAGGAGCUGGGAAGUCAACCUUGACAAAUGCCCUCUUCAGAAUCCUAGAGGCUGCAGGUGGCCAGAUCAUCAUUGAUGGGGUAGAUAUUGCUUCCAUUGGGCUCCAUGACCUCCGAGAGAAACUGACCAUCAUCCCCCAGGAUCCCAUCCUGUUCUCUGGAAGCCUGAGGAUGAAUCUAGAUCCUUUUAACAACCACUCAGAUGAGGAGAUUUGGAAGGCCCUGGAGCUGGCUCACCUCAAAUCCUUUGUGGCUGGCCUGCAACUUGGAUUGUCCCACAAAGUGACAGAGGCUGGUGACAACCUUAGCAUAGGGCAGAGGCAGCUGCUGUGCCUGGCCAGGGCUCUGCUUCGGAAAUCCAAGAUUCUGAUCAUGGAUGAGGCCACUGCUGCGGUGGAUAUAGAGACCGAUCACCUUAUCCAGACGACCAUCCAAAAGGAGUUCUCCCACUGCACGACUAUCACCAUUGCUCAUAGGCUCCACACCAUCAUGGACAGUGACAAGAUAAUGGUCCUAGACAACGGGAAGAUUGUAGAGUAUGGCACCCCUAACGAACUGCUGAAAAAUUCUGGCCCCUUUUGUUUGAUGGCCAAAGAAGCUGGCAUUGAAAAUGUGAACAGCACAUCACUCUGACAGUAGGUGCCAUGGGCUGGAGAAGGAAGGAUUAUUCCUUAUUUCUUAUGAAAGCUAUCACACAGAAGUAUGUGAAAUGUACCUUUUAAAGAAGGGUAUUACCAGCUCCAGCAGAACCCCCGUUUUGUGAACCCACUUUGAUUAUACCUCCUUCCUACCUCCUUUCCCAAAUAACUACUAUCCUGAAUUUUGUGAUAAUUAUAUCCUCCUGCCUUUCAUUUUAGUUUUACUACUUGGUAUGUAUCCUUAAACAAGGUGUACUUUUUAUGUAAAUGGCCUCACUCAUACUUGAUGUAUUCUUCUAUUGCUUUUGUUCAGUUUUAUUUUUGAGAUUCAUGCAUGUUGAUGCACAUAGUGAGGCUGGUUCUUUCUCACCGUUCUGUAGUGUGGCAGUGUAUAAAUGACACAGUGUAUCCAUUUUUUAAAAUUUUUAAAAAUGUUUUUAUUUAAAAAAAAUUAUUUUAAUGUUUCAUUAAUUUUGAGAGAGAAACAGUACGAGCAGGGGAGGGGCAGAGAGAGAGACAUACAGA